AUGCCCCAGAAUGUUCCAUCCCAAACAUCCAAGCAGCGCCUGGCCCUGGCCAUCUGCGACUUCCUCUCAACCUCCGUCGAGGACGGCACCUUGACUUCGGACGACAAGGACUCGAUCGACGUGGCGAUCAACUGCAUAGCCGAGAGCUUCAAGGUGGACCCCACCGACAAGGACGCUCUCAGCGCGGCCGUGGGCACGCAGAACCUGGUUCAGAUAUACUCUGUGUACGAGAAGCUCAAGCAGAACUCGAAGGGCGGGGCCUCGGCAUCCAACAACGGCUCCGAUGGCCCGACGGACGAGCAGAAGAAGGAGGCCGAGGCCUUGAAGUCAAAGGGCAACGCCGCCAUGGCGCAGAAGGACUACCAGUCCGCCAUCGACUUCUACACCCGCGCCCUGGACCUCCACCCCCGCAACGCCGUCUACCUUUCCAACCGCGCGGCCGCCCACUCGGCCGCAAAGGACCACUCGUCCGCUCGGUCCGACGCCGACGCCGCCGUCCUCAUCGACCCGUCGUACACAAAGGCCUGGUCCCGUCUAGGCCUCGCCCGCUUCGCCCUCGGCGACCCCCGCGGUGCCAUGGAGGCCUACGCCCAGGGCAUCGAGCAUGAGGGAAACGGCGGCUCCGAUGCCAUGAAGAAGGGCUACGAGACUGCCAAGCGUCGCGUCGACGAGCUCGACGCCUCCAGCGCCAACGACAACCUCUCACGGUCCUCGCCCGGCGCUGGCGCCGGUGCCGGCGGUAUGCCUGAUUUCGGCAGCCUGGCCUCCAUGUUUGGUGGAGGUGGUGCUGGAGGCGGCGGCGGCGGCAUGCCCGACCUCAGCUCCAUCAUGAGCAACCCGAUGUUUGCCAACAUGGCUCAGAGCCUCAUGUCUAACCCGGACAUGUUGAACAACCUCAUGAGCAACCCGCGUAUUCGCGACAUGGCCAAUCAGUUUGGCGGCGGCGGCGGUGGUGGCGGCGGCUUACCCGAUAUGAGCAGCCUCAUGUCCGACCCUGCUAUUGCUGAGAUGGCACGGAACAUGAUGGGCGGUGGCGGCGGCGCUCCCGGUGGUAACAACAACAACAACAACAGCAACAGUGGUAGCAACUAA